GAUCCACUGUAGUUAGUUCCACUAAGGCAACCGGACAGAGCACUUGCGGCAGACCUCACGAUUUCGAACGAUUUUCUGUUUUGAUUUUGAUUUUUUACUAUUCUAUAGGAAUAUUGUACUUGUUGCUUGGAUAGAUUUUUAUCGUAAUUUUUUUUCCAAGUAAACAGUUAACAGUAUAUUAUAUAGUCCUAUACACGAAUUAUUAGACAAUUAUAAUAGCAAACAAUAUAACGUUGCGAUUAGCGUGAAGUUUCCGCACCAAAAUAUUGAGCACCAUACAUUAGAACGAAGAUUUUACAGGAUGCCUGCUGAUAUUGCAACCAUGGAUAACUUUGAUUUGAACAGCCAGAACACAACUCAUGACAUGUCAGAAAUUCAAUCUUUUUAUGAUGGUAUGACGGUAUUUUUGACUGGCGCCACUGGAUUUGUAGGCAAUUUAAUACUAGAAAAACUAAUCAGAACUUGUUCAGGAGUUAAAAGAAUUUAUGUCUUGAUUAGAGAGAAAAAAGGAAAAACUACAGAAGAUAGGUUUAAAGAGCUCUUUAAUGACCCGGUAUUUGAAUUAAUGAAAAAACAACAACCCAAUUAUUUGGAAAAGAUCACAGCAGUUAUCGGUGAUUGUUGUUUACCGAAUUUAGGGAUAGAUGUGCAAUACAUGAAUAUUUUAAAAAAUGAGGUUAACAUUGUUAUACACUCGGCCGCCACAGUAAGAUUUGACGAACAUUUAAGAAAAGCCGUUAACAUCAAUAUAAUUGCCUUACAAGAUAUGCUGAAAAUGAGCCAAGAAAUGUCAAACUUAAAGGCUUUUGUCCACAUUUCUACAGCUUACUCGAAUUGCGCCGGGAGAAAAGUCGUUGAUGAGGUAUUCUACAAACCACCAAUAUCUGGAGAUAAUUUGUUACAGCUCGUAAACAGUCUUGACGAUGAUUACAUCGAAAGAAUUACUCCUUCAAUAUUGAAAGAGUGGCCAAACACGUAUGCAAUGACAAAAGCUAUUGCCGAAGGCGAAAUUUUAACAUACGGCAAAGGGUUGCCCAUUGGAGUGAUAAGGCCAUCGAUGAUUGUCGCCACCGACGACGAACCUGUCUCCGGGUGGAUCAACAACUUUUACGGACCAACGGGAGUCGUAGCGGCCACCGGUAUUGGUCUCAUGCGGUGCAUGUGUGCCGAUCCCAAACAAAUAGCUGACAUCAUACCUGGUGAUUUUGUUAGCAACGCUGUUGUGGCCUCCGCCUGGGACAUCCACAAUGAAUGGCAAAAUCAUAAAAGCGCCAACGGGUUGAAUAAAGAAAAUCAUGAGCCAAAAGUUUACAAUAUCGUUUCUUCGAGCUCUAAUCCCUUGUCAUGGGGAGAAUUUUCAUCAUACAACAUGAAAUUUGGACGAAAUGUGCCCUCUAUAAAAGCGAUCUGGCCAAUUAUGUUGAGACUAUCCAAAAACAAAUAUGAAUAUACAAUCUUAUGUUUUCUUCUUCAUAUUGUACCUGGUUAUAUUAUCGAUUCCUUAGCCAAGCUCACGGGAAGAAAGCCACAAUUAAUGGACGGAUAUAGAAAAAUGCAUAAAUUCUCUGAAGUUAUAUCGUACUUCAGUCUACAAUCGUGGACGUUUCACGAUGAUAACACAAAAUCGCUGGUAAAAAAGAUGUCUAAAUUAGACCAGUCACUAUUCAAGUUCGACAUGUCUAAAUUAAGCUGGAAUGAGUAUUUCAAAAAACACGUUUUGGGAAUUAGAUUGUACAUCAUAAAAGAUACAAUAGACUCGGUGCCGGAAGCAGUAAAACGAACUAAAAAAUUGUACAUGAUUCACUACACGUUAAUGUCUAUAUUGGUGGCAUUAUUGAUUUUAAUAGUGUAUGGGCUGUUCAUACUAUUCGUGUAGGUAAUUCAAAUCUCUGUUGUCCUAAAUGGCGAUUAUACAUGUAUAAUAAACAUAUGUAUUAUAUAAACAUAAAUCGCUUAGUUAUGAAUUUUUUUUUGUAUCUCAUUAUGAUGUAUUUUACUUUUACUCAAAUUUGUACAAUUUUAUGAUAAUUUUUAUACUCAAAAUUAUUUAAAAUUCUUUAAUAAUAUUAUUGUUGUACAUACUCGUUUUUAUGCGUCCAAGCAUACUUUAUAAUGUUAAGUAGGUAUAACGUGUUUGUAUUUAUUAUAA